AUGACGCAUCAGAAAACUCACACAGGUGAGAAGCCAUAUGAAUGUACUGAGUGUGGGAAAGCUUUCAUCUCCCGUUCAAAACUUAAUAGGCAUAAGAGAACUCAUACAGGUAAAAAGCCAUAUGAAUGUACUGAGUGUCGGAAAGCUUUCUUCUCCAAGUCAUAUCUCACAGAUCAUCAGCAAACACAUGCAGGUGAGAAGCCAUAUGAAUGUUUUAAAUGUGGGAAAUCCUUCCUCUACAAGUCAAAAUUAAUUACUCACUUUAGAAUUCAUACAGGGGAGAAAGCAUAUGAAUGUACUGAAUGUGGGAAAGUAUUCAACUUCAAGUCAUAUCUUAUUAAGCAUCAGAGAACUCACAUAGGUGAGAGGUCAUAUGAAUGUACUAAAUGUGAGAGAUCCUUCAUGUCCAGGACACACCUAAUGACUCAUUGGAGAACUCAUACAGGUGAGAAGCCAUAUGAAUGUACUGUUUGUGGGAAAGCCUUCAUCUCCAAGUCAGGUUUUAGUGUGCAUCAGAGAACUCACACAGGUGAAAAGCCAUAUGAAUGUGCUCAAUGUGAGAAAACCUUCAUCUGUAAGUCACAUCUUAUUACUCAUCAAAGAACUCACAGAGGCGAAAGGGCAUAUAAAUGUACCAAAUGUGAGAAAACUUUCAUCCACAAGUCAUAUCUCAUUAGGCAUCAGAGAACUCAUACAGGUGAAAGGCCAUAUGAUUGUACUGAAUGUGGUAGAGCCUUCACCACCAAGUCAUAUCUUAAAUUGCAUAAGAGAACUCACACAGGGGAGAAGCCAUAUGAAUGUACUAAAUGUGGGAAAGCCUUCAACUUCAAAUCACAUCUUAAUAGGCAUCAGAGAUCUCACACUGGUGAAAAGCCAUAUGAAUGUACUGAAUGUUGUAAAGCCUUCACCCAGAAGUCACAUCUCACUAACCACCAGAGAACUCACACAGGUGACAGGCCAUAUGUGAGAAAACUUUUUUCUCCCAGUCAUGUUUUAUGA